AUGAAGUACGCACUCGCCCUUCUCACCGUUCUCGCCAGCGGCGUCUUGGCCGAGCGGGCCGUCAUCUAUGGUCAAUGCAACCAGCCCUCCAACAAGUGCCGUCUUCGCUUCCCUCGGUAUAACGCCGGCGGCGGCCUUCGCUUCGCAUUUGUGGACUGGCCCUGCGACACAGAGUGCACUCAGCACGAUGGCCGAUGCAGCUACGCGACUGACAGUGGCCUCAUCACUUGCGACCGAUAG